AUAGAAGUGAUUUUUAUUUUUCCAGAACUAUUGUAGUUGCUGCAGUGGGCUUGUCUAUUUCGAACAGAAACACUCGUUAUUGACCAUUUGUUGUCAACGGUCAUUAUUUGUAUACGUAUGUAAAAGUUUUCAACAGAUAGACCACGAAGAUGAACAUUUUGCGUACUACUUUGGGCUUCUUAGUCGUGUUUUUAUGCACCAACAUCGCUUGGUGCCAAGAUGCGACCAUGCCCACCCAAGAUACGACCACGCCCACCUGCUACGACGGGGUUGGUUCUUAUACAUUCUCAGUCAGCUUCGGUACAUGUCAUCAACGCUCCCCGAGAUCUACGGCAGAGAUCUGUUCCAGCUUUACUCUCAUAUCAAAUGAGACACGAGAAAAGGGUGGGGUUGAUGUGAGCAAUCUAUCAAACCCACCAUUCGAUUAUAGUCGAGAUACCAAGAUUAUAAUACCAGGGUUUACCAAUGAAUUCCUGGAUGAGAAAUGGGAUCAACUUAAAGAGGCAUUUCUUGAUGAGAGAAACAAUGUUAUCAUGGUGAAUUGGAGUCAAGCAGCGAACCUAACCAACUACGCCCAAGCUCGUGCCGAUGCUCGUGUUGUAGGUUUCCAAGUCGCACACGUCAUCUCGUACAUCGUAAAUAACACCAAUGCAACAUACGAUCAGAUGCAUCUCAUCGGGGGCGGUAUGGGCGCUCAUGUAGCUGGUUAUGCUGGGAGUACGGGGCAACAGAUGGCCAGGAUUACAGGUCUUGAUCCAGCCGGUGCAGAGGGUAACCCAGUAACCUUUGGUCUAUCUGGCGGACCGUCACGUGGUCAGCAAUGUCGACUGGACAUCACUGAUGCAGAAUAUGUGGAUAUCAUCCAUACAAACGCCCAUAGUGGACUGGACGGGGGUUAUAUCGGACUGCCUUAUCAGCUGGGUCAUCAAGAUUUCUUCGUUAACAGUGGCACCAACCAGCCGGGAUGCAAUGAACAUGGUGAAGAUGAGGAAGUCUGCAACCACGGCCGAGCUCUGGACUACUUCAUCGAGAGCGUUCCCUUGGCAAACUACGGGAGCUUCCCUUGUGAGGAGAAAGCACACACCCUUGAGGAACUCCAGGACGGUGCCGGAGUGGCAUGUAACCCGGAGAACCCAUGCCCAGAGAUGGGAUACAGAGCAGAGAAAAUUAAAGGAGAUGGGUUUGCUUAUCUGGUGGAGACCAAUGCUGAGUCUCCAUAUACUAUGCCAUACCCUACCAUCCAGCACUGGACCAGUACCACCGGUGUAUCCGGAUCAAUCGAAUAAUUAGAUAAUAUAUUAGGCAAAAUAUGCUCGGGGGAGGGGAAGGAAGCAGCGCAAUGUGGACACCUUGCUCGUACAUAAAAACUGCACGUAAAUGCAUUGAUUCAUCUAUCCCCUCAUUUGCAUACCGACCAAGAUGUGCAUAAUUGUUUUGUUGAAUUAAGUGAAACAUUGUAAUAAUAAUAAUGAUAAUGACAUAGCUUUUCUAUCAUUCAUCCUAUUUCGAUGAAAUUUUCAGGGUUAUUGUUUAAUUUUUCUCCUUUUAUUAAAAUCAACUUUUUUUGGGGGUGGACUUGUCCGUUAAUAUUUGAAGCAUUAUAGUGCAAGGCAUCUUUGAACAGACAAUUACUGGUUAUUUACCGACCUUCGGGUAGAUUAUAGUGUUUUCGAUCCGAACGGUUCUUUUAAACCCUGCAUUUAUAAGAUUGUUUUAUUGUUAAUUUAUGAGGAAUUAUCAUCGAUAAAUGCUUGAAUAAAUACAAUAUAAAUAAAUUUCAGCUUAAAUCUUUAAUUAGCUAACGUUUUCUUUCGAAAUAAUCAAUAAUAAUUGAUAGCUCUAGUUUUACAUAUUUAUCCAUCUUAUGUUGUACGUCACAUCUUGAUAUUAAAUCUGCCACGGUAUAUAUAGCUACACUGUAAAAAAAAUUGUUGAAAUUACUCAAUAAAAUUGUUUCAACAGAUUGCCUUAAUUUUUUAAAAUAUUAUGAGUUUGGCAGUUUUAAGUAAACUUUACUUAUUUUCUUUGCAUCCAUUUCACUCAAGAAAAUUAGGUUACAAUAAAUUAAUUCAAUUUAGUAAAACAAUCACUAAAAUGUUUGAAAAAAUCAAAUGGGGGAGUGAACUUUCGUUAUUCGAAAGUCCGCUCCCCCAUCGUCCCACUUUUACUUUAGUGGCAUCAUUUUCAUCUUAGACAUAUUUUAUCCAAAUAUUAGACUCUGUGCAUUUUCACUUACCUCUUACAUAUAUAGGUACUUACAUUGAUAUUUAUACGCGAUCGUUUCAUUCUUACAGAUAAAACAGUGAGAACAAUAUAAUCAUUUUCCGAAAACCUAAAAAGACAUCUGAAAUUUUCUGCUAAAUGACUAUUUAAUGUUGCUCUUUCUUUGAUUCAAGAAAAGAAUAAAAUAGUUAGCACACCCUUAUCCAAAAAAAUUCAAACACAAAUAGAUAUGACAGUUAUUUAAAAAAAAAACAUUUACUUGCUCUAACAUUUCUAAUGAAUAUUCAUGUAUUAUUUAAAUAAGGCGUUAAUUGAAAAAUAUAAGUUCAUUCAACAAGGAUUUAUAAGUACUAAUCAUCUUAGCCUAAUUGAGUUAGAUUUACUCAAUCAAAGCAAGCCAGCAAUACGUGAAUUUUCUUAAAUGUAUAUUGAACCCAAAUAAAUCAAGUAAAUUAAAAGACAAGUUAAAACUACUUAAAAAAUGAAAAAUAAUUACAAAUUAUAAAUUCUACUUAUAUUCAUUAAGUAUUAACUACUGAUUCAUAAUUUUUUUUACAGUGUAGUCUCUUCAGAGUCUUCCCUUUCUCAUUGUUUUCAAUCCAUAAUGACACGCGUAUAUCUCUUCUUUUAUGUUUGUUCCUGAGUAUUAAUGUUCUCCUGUAUCAUGCUAUAACAUGUUAUAUUGUAUAUCCCAGGCUCAUCGCCACAAUAUGUUUUUCUUUGUUUUAAAAGAUGUAGGGACAAUUAUGAAGGGAUGUCGAUUUGGCAGACGAUCUGGCUCGUACCUGAACAGGAAACAUCGUGCAUUCCUCCCGAUGUCAUAUCCACUAAUACACAAUGUUUGGUGGGAUCGUCUGGUUGAUCUGUGUCCCAGUCUGAAAAUAAAAAUGAGAGACAAAAAAUAAGUCUCCGAAUAAUGAAGUGACUUUGAAAUAUCCCGGGAGCUAAUCUAUCUGGUCUGCAGCCCACCGUACAUUACUUUCUACGACGACGACGAAAUAAAAUGAAAUAUGGUUAACUUUCUUCCUAAAAACUCUAUUAUUAUCUAAAUUACCAGUCUGUUUAAGAUUCGAUUUUAUGAUGAAAAAAUAAUAAACAAUAUAUAUGAAAUAAAGUAUACAGAAAAACACUUUAGGUGUUCUUUCAAAGACGGUUCAAUGAUAGUCGCUCCUAGCUGCCAUAGUUGUUUCUAUGAGAUAAACUAAAGCAUUAAGCCAAAUAUAAUCCCUAUAUUCUUUCAAACGUGACCAUGUCACUAAUCUUAAUCCCCACUACAUUUUGAACCAGAAGUUUUAUCUCAUCCUAUAAACCAAACCCCUAAAAUAAUCUUUAAAGAAAUAAUCGGAGGAGUAUUUGUAUUAAUGUCGCGUUACCUCAAAGACAGGUAUAUAUUUCUUUUUUAAUUGCAUUAAUUACUCAUUUUACAGAUGAUAUAAAGUGAUAUGAUAAACCUCUGGUUGAGAUAGGCUGCAGGCAUACGCUUUGCGAUAUGUGUUAAUUAUUUCCCGGCAAAGGCGUGGGGGCACUCAAUAUCAUUGACCAUCCCUUAACGCAUGAAAAACUAUUCUCAUACUCAGUGUAAUAUCAUACUCACGUAUUUGCAAUAUGCCCCCCCCCCCUCAUAAUCAAAGCCUAAAUGCUCACAUGAAAGGUAAAAGUAUAGUCUGCGUCUCAAACUACCCCCUCUUCUGAGUGAUUUUUAUUUUUUCGUUUGUGACGUCAUGAUUGAUGAUUGUCAACCAGUAAAUCAUUUGUAGGUAGCGCGUGUGGAAUCCCACCUUCACACCAACCACACCGACUCAAAACCUAUUCGAAACCGACCCCAAACCGACUCCAACCGACUGCUGGUAUAUAAUAUCUUUGAUCGGAUAGAGCCGUAUGUUCCCGUGUUGUAAAGCGUACUUACUUCUAUAUGAACUAGUUGUGCCUGUGUGAUUCCUGAUACACAUCCAGGUAUCUAUUUCUUGGAGAUCGUUACAAUUUAUCCAGGCCGAAGCAGGUGAUACGUGUGGUCUCAGAAAAUUAACCUCUUCAUUGAUUUCAAUGAACAACA